AUGGAAUCCGACGGGUCUAUCAUCGUCCGCUUCAGCUGGGAAUUCACCCGGCCAUCCCACCAACCUGCAAAAAUGUUGAGCACUUUCAAACUCCUGGUACAAACAUUCACCAUGCUAAACGACAAACUUCAGUGUCACACUAAUGGCACCGACAAGAGAACUACACAAGAACAUCUCGAUAUAUUCCAUCGCUUGCAAUCGCAAAAUCGUCUUGACAACCUUGUUGCUGAGUCUGAAGCACGCGACGCAUCCCCACAAGCCCUUAAUCUUAUGCUGGCCACUCUUGCCUGCCUUCCACAUCUGGUCUCCACAGGCACAGAUGCCGGGUACAAGAGCCUUUCAUGUCCCAGCACUAUUACCCCUGAUGUACACCGGAUCCCUGCCCGCGUGGCCGAAGGAGUGAGGCAACAAGGCGCCGUCACACUCUCGCCCGCUUCCGAUGUAUGUCUGCACAUCAUCGAGAGCAGGAACAGCAACGCCACGUCGCCUCUUUCGCGUGAAGCACUUGAUUCCAUGAAGUCCGUGCGGGAAAUAAGGGCGGCAUACAAUGAGACCUGGUGUAACAUCAACUUGGUCCCUCGUGACCCGGUUGAAGCAACUACUCGAAACCAGGCUGAACCCAUCUCGGCUGUGAACAUGAUCACCAGAGCUCGGAGGGCUUCCGGCUCGCUCCAGCCUGAAGGGUAG